ACGACGCCCUAAGCUUCUCAAAACGACGAUUUCUCGUUGGUUAAAGCCAUGGCCGAGUCUUCGAAGGACGAGCUGCUUCAGCUCAUCAAGCGCUUCGGGGCUUAUCUCACUGUCAAAAUGUCCAGUCUCUUCCCGAUCUCCCUCCACAAUCUGAAUUCGCAUUCUAUUGGGGCCAUCGCGGGAUUUGCUGUUGCAAUAGUUUUCACAUGGAGGCUGCUUAGAUCACCUAGUGGACCACAAAGAAGGCAACCAAAGCGGCAGGCACCUGCAUCGAGUAGUUCUGGCAUCAGUUCAAAUUCGAAUGCAACAUUGACAGCUACAGGAGUUUCACCUUCACAGGACUCAAGAGCCCAAAACGUUGUUGAUGAAUUUUUUCAGCCUGUAAAGCCUACUUUGGGGCAAAUAGUCAGGCAGAAACUGAGUGAAGGAAGAAAGGUAACUUGUCGUUUACUCGGAGUAGUCCUUGAGCAAAGUACCCCAGAGGAACUUCAGAAACAAGUGACUGUGAGGCACUCAGUGCUGGAAGUACUCUUGGAGAUCACAAAAUUUUGUGAUUUGUAUCUCAUGGAAAGAGUUCUUGAUGAUGAAAGUGAAAAAAAGGUUCUACUGGCUUUGGAAGAUGCUGGGAUUUUUACAUCUGGAGGUUUGGUCAAAGACAAGGUUCUCUUCUGUAGCACAGAGAAUGGACGAACAUCUUUUGUUCGGCAAUUGGAACCAGAUUGGCAUAUCGACACAAAUCCUGACAUCAUAUUUCAAUUAUCUAGGUUUAUCAAGUAUCAGCUUCACAUCUCUCCUACCAGAACAGAACGACCUGCUUCUAAUGUGUUCAACGCCGCAUCCUUGGAACAGUUCUUUGGAUGUGUUUGACGCAUCGACAACGAAAGAUACAGAUACAAUCUUUAGGUUUCUAUUAGGGUUUUCUUUUCCCCACAUUUGGGUUUUGUGUCGAUCGUACUUUAAAGUUCCGGCUCCAGUUUAUUAAUGCUAAAUGUUCGUCUUCGCCUCGGUGUAUUUUUGUAUUCCGUCGUUGGUACUUACUAGUCAGAUAAUAGACUUGCUCUGUAUCUCAUUGUGUGAAAUUUGUGUAAUAGAUUGGAUUAAAUCCAAACUCCAACUUGAAAUUUUGAUGAAAUGGUGUGCUAAUGUUUGUAAUUUACUA